GAGCAAAGGGCCAAGGAACCAAGCCAAAGGCCAAGACCUACAGGUGCAGCUGGUGAAACCUUUCCUUUUCCUACAACAUCCAUACAGAGGUCCGGGCAUUCUAUGGAGCGACCGCGAGGGGAAACAAUUAGGAGAUAUCCAGGUACAACUGGUGAACGCCCCGCCACGCCAAUGACAAGAACACCACAGAGAUCCCCGGGCCGCGCCCCCAUUAGGAUUAUAAUAACUCCGGUCAGUAAACCCUCGGGGCCGCGAUCGCCCCCAACACGUGGCAGAAUAUUAAGUGCUGGCCAUCUUGCGCCCCCUACACCGGUGUAUCGGCGCAGCGCCUCUAAGGGUUCUUCGCCCAGAAGAAGACCAGAAAGGCCCAGUGAAGUUAUGCAACCCAAAAGGAGACGUCUAGAAUGAAACAUCCCAUUUAAUUGCUGAAGAGCUUUCCAUUUAUUUUGAGAGUCAACCAAGAAUUGCAGCAGCAGCUUCGCAGCAGAGAUAAUGUGGCCUCCAAAACUCUGCCCUAGACAAUGACACCUUCGAAUUCAUUUGUCCUCACUGAAAUAAAUG